AUGGCCGCCAAUACAACUGGCGUACACAACGUGAGUGACGGUGAUACAUGGAAUGUGAGGCAGGCAUUGACAGUGGGCCCGCAGGUACGAUCGAACCGCACCAACAUGGGUUCAUCCGGGAUGAACAAUGACCGCGCGCGCGGAUCACACAACAACAGUGUGGGGAAGAGCUUCGGUGCGGGCAAGUCCAACUGGAACAAUAUCUGGGGUGACUCCAACCUAGGAAAUGGCUUUGGGGAUGAUCAACACAUUGGUGAUGCUGUGUUUGAAGGAAAGUCAGGCUCGGGUUCAUUGCUGUCGACCUCGGAAUCGGAUGGCUGGGCGGGACGCCCCAACUUGCCUUGGAGCACUGUCAAUACCUCGUCGCUAUCGAUGAGCCAGAACCGAGGUAGUAUGGCAACCUCGCCAAUCCAGACUCGUGCAAAUGACCGAAGCGCGCCUGCUCUGAACGAUGCUGGCGAAUCUUCAUACUUCUCGCUGCCCCGUACUACUGGUAUCGGUACUUCUGCUGGUACCGCGAGCCACCGGCCCUACCUGAACUCUGGGUCUGAGGGUGUUUCGCCGUCGGGAGAUGGCAUGGCCUUCAAUACCUUCUCUGGUCUCCGAAACGGGGAUGGACGUCGCCAGAUGAGUUCCUCUGGACUUGGCGGUAGCCCCGUAGGAGCGACCUUCCCGACUAAGCCUGGCUUCUCUGGUUCACUGGAUGCCCCUCGCCAGGACGAGAUGGCUGCCUCGAUGGGCAUGGGAUCUCUCACUUCUGCUCUCCCGGACAAUAUGUCACCUCCUCAGACGCGCGGUGGACUCGCUCAGGUGUCUCACAACUCGACUUCCUACGUUUCCCAGCGGCCCGCUCAUUCGGCUCACCCUUCCUUCUACUCAGACAACCAUAGUGUUGAGGGUCGCUACGGCAGUGGCUCCAUUGACCUCACGGGUGGGCUCAGUAAGCUGCAAUUGAGUGAGACUGGAUACGCCAACCAGACCGGCGCUCAGCGUCCCCCCUUCAUGCCUCACGCAUCCUUCGACGGGGCUCUUCCCCGUGGCAAGUUCCAGAACAGUGAUGACCCUAGCUACCAAGCACUCGCCGGCUACGGAGGUGACAUUGCUCAGGAUGUGCACCUUGCGUAUCAGGCACGCUCUCGCGGAGGAGAUAAUGGAGCAAUCUCUCCUUCAGACUACGCUCGCAUGGACAGUCCCUUGUAUGCUGGCGUUGACGGUGGUAUUCAGUACCGCAACUCGUCCGCUAGCCGUGUCAACGAACCGGUAAAUUUCGAACGCAGACUACGGACCUUCCAUGAUCAGGACUUCGUCCAGGGUCAGGGCAGUUCGCUGCAACGCAUGCCGGUUGCCUCGCCGUUUGACUACCAGAGCUACCAAACGGCACGCUUGAGCGCCUUGCAAGGGUUCUACCCCAUGACUCAGCUCGGUGCGCUCGGCCCUGCAGCCCUGGCUCACACACACCGUGAUGACCCUACACAGGUUGUUCGCAGCCCUCUGCUUGAGGAGUUCCGUGCGAACAGCAAGGGCAACAAGCGCUAUGAGUUGAAGGACAUCUACAACCAUGUCGUUGAGUUCAGUGGCGACCAGCAUGGCUCGCGCUUCAUCCAGCAGAAGCUGGAGACCGCCAACAGCGACGAGAAGGAGCAGGUGUUCCGCGAGAUCCAGCCAAACUCCUUGCAGCUGAUGACCGAUGUCUUCGGCAACUAUGUUGUGCAGAAGCUUUUCGAGCAUGGCAACCAGAGCCAGAAGAAGAUCCUCGCCAAUCAAAUGCGUGGACAUGUGCUUGCUUUGUCGACUCAAAUGUACGGCUGCCGUGUCGUGCAAAAGGCCUUGGAGCAUAUCCUCACUGAUCAGCAGGCCGCUAUGGUUAAGGAGCUGGAGAAUCACGUUCUGAAGUGCGUGCGGGACCAGAAUGGCAACCAUGUCAUUCAAAAGGCCAUCGAGCGCGUACCAUCCCAGUAUGUGCAGUUCAUCAUCAACGCCUUCCGCGGCCAGGUCAAUCGCCAUGCUGCGCACCCUUAUGGGUGCCGAGUCAUCCAGCGGAUGUUGGAGCACUGUGAGGAAGUUGACCGGGAAUCCAUUCUCAGCGAGCUUCACGCAUCCACCUCGAGUCUCAUUCCUGAUCAGUUCGGCAACUACGUGAUCCAGCAUGUCAUCGAGAAUGGUGAAGCCAAGGACCGCGAUCGCAUGAUCCAGAUCGUCAUGUCCCAGCUGCUUGCAUACUCCAAGCACAAAUUUGCUAGCAACGUGGUGGAGAAGAGCAUUGAGUUUGGCGACGAAGACCAGCGCCACCACAUCAUCUCCACCUUGACCUCGCCGAACGAGCGUGGCGAGAGCCCGCUGCUCGGCCUGAUGCGCGAUCAGUAUGGCAACUAUGUCAUUCAAAAGGUCCUCGGCCAGCUGAAGGGCGAGGAGCGCGAAGCGCUCAUUGAGCAGAUUAAGCCCCUGCUGAGCCAGCUGAAGAAGUUCAGCUAUGGUAAGCAAAUCGUGGCCAUCGAGAAGCUCAUCUUCGAUCCCAAUUCUCCUACCGCCGGCCCGCUGCCUCACACCACCUCUACCACUCCCCCGAACUCUCACAAAUCCUCCCCGCAACCCCUGAAACGCACCAUUCCCGCUCUGGAGCAGCCGCGGGCCCCCUUCGUGGGCACUGCGCCACCCACCCCACCCCCGACGGAGAACCAGAGCACCGUCGACGACUCUUUCGAGUCGAAGGGGCUUUUGCAAAAGCACUGUGACCUCGGUCUCGAGUCCCGAGACGGGCAGCACCGGCGUUCCCGUCCCGGUCGAUGGUCACUAAGGUGCUCGCAUCUCAUUUGUUGCACAAACGAUUCCUUGCGCCAACGUCGCUCGCACCCACAUAAUCUUUUCUAA